UUAUGUGAAGAUUGGAUGCGGAGGGGCAAGUUGCGUCCUGACUUUCAUAAGCAAACACCACCCUGCGGGCACUGUCGGCCCGGAUCUCCUCCCCGCUCGCACCGCCGCAGCGCGCUCCCGCAGGCCGCGUCACCGGCGGCCCGGCCCUUGCUGCCCGCCUGCCCCUACGGCCCUACCACGCCGCGCUCGCCACCGGAGAGGGCCAAUAGAAUAAAGAAAGCGAAGCCAAUGCAGGUCGCCGUCAACACCAGCACUGUCGGCGCUCACCAGCACCCAACAAAGUCCUCCUUCCUCCGGCCAUCCCCUCCUUGCCGCGUCUACUUCCACGCUUCUCCACGUCCGAAGAACCUGAGGGCGAUUGCCAUGGCCACCAAGUCGCAGCUUCAGGAGCAACUGGUCAUCACUCGGCCCGACGAUUGGCAUCUCCAUCUUCGUGAAGGCGGUGUCCUCGAGGCUGUAGUGCCACACAGCGCGAGGCAUUUUGGGAGGGCCAUCAUCAUGCCCAACUUGAAGCCCCCGGUGACCACAACGGCGCGGGCGGUGGAAUACAGGGAGGAGAUAAUGAGGGCGCUGCCGCCAGGGAGUAGCUUCGAGCCGCUCAUGACACUGUACCUGACAGACAACACAAGUCCAGAGGAGAUCAAGCUCGCAAGAAAGAGUGGUAUAAUCUUUGCUGUGAAGCUAUAUCCUGCUGGAGCAACUACCAAUUCCCAAGAUGGCGUCACUGAUAUAUUUGGGAAGUGCUUGCCAGUCCUCGAGGAGAUGGUCAGGCAGGAAAUGCCAUUGCUUGUUCAUGGAGAAGUCACAGAUCCACAUGUUGACACCUUUGACCGUGAGAAGGUUUUCAUUGACAAAAUAUUGGCACCACUUGUACAAAAACUUCCACAGCUGAAAAUUGUCAUGGAACAUAUCACAACCAUGGAUGCAGUGAACUUCAUAGAAUCAUGUGAAGAAGGUCAUGUUGCUGCAACAGUGACUCCCCAGCAUCUCCUCCUCAAUAGGAAUGCUUUAUUUCAGGGUGGCUUGCAGCCACACAAUUAUUGUUUGCCCGUACUGAAAAGAGAGACUCAUAGGCAAGCUAUUGUAUCUGCUGUAACAAAUGGGAGUAGACGGUACUUUCUUGGUACUGACAGCGCUCCCCAUGAUAAACAGAACAAAGAAUGUUCCUGUGGAUGUGCAGGAAUAUAUAGUGCUCCUGUUGCCUUGUCUCUUUAUGCGAAGGUAUUUGAAGAGGCUGGUGCCCUAGAUAAGCUAGAAACAUUUACAAGCUUCAAUGGCCCCGAUUUUUAUGGCCUCCCAAGGAACACUUCAAAGAUUGUCUUGAGAAAGAAUGCCUGGAAAGUUCCUGGAACUUAUAAACACAGUUCAGGGGAGAUUGUGCCUAUGUUUAGUGGCAGCACCCUUGAGUGGCUUCCAUCUGAUCAGCCUAAAGAGUAAACAGUAUGCAUUAUUGUACCCAGCAGUUGGGGGAAUCAAUAGGUGGAGUUUUUCUAGUUCUUUUUCCUUUUUCUGUUAGAAUCAGCAUAGCAAACUAUUCAGCCAUAAGCAGCAAUUCCUGAAGGCAAUUGAAAGCAACUGCGAAAGAUUUGCUUGUCGAGUUGUUAUUGGAUUGCAGUACAAUUCUGGAAGUAGUUAAAAGGUCACAUUGUAUGGUUAUCAAGGGUAGUCUACUGCUCUAGACACCAUAGCAUCCAUGGUUUCAAAGGCGACGAGGCGUCCACGUGAGAGCUGGGUGUGCCUGGACACCUAGGUGACAAGGUGCCACUGUUCCCCAAGGCGAGCUGGGUAUGCCUGGUGCCUAAGUGACGCCUUUGAAACGGGUAGCAUCCAUAAUAAUGUAAUGAAUAAAUAUCUGCAUUGCAGUUACAUCGUCAUAUACUCUUGCAGUCCCUUUAACACAACAUUUUCCUCUUAUUAUUACUUCUGAA